CGUAAUCACAGAACAGCAACCAGAAAUUACAGUUAUUGCAGAUAAUAAAGAAGAAGCCCAUCUACUUCAUUCUAUCUGUUGAACGUAUCUUCAAUCUGAAUUUCAUCAAAUUUCUGUCUUAAUUCAAAAGGGUGUAUAGCUCCAAACUUCGAGAACUUUUGGCAUUUUACAUUCACAUAGUCAAAAAUAGCAAAGAAUGGUCACGAGCUAUGGAGAACUUUGAAGUCGGGAAAUACCAUGUCGCAUUGUUUAGAGGGGAUCAAGCAUUUAGGUGCUUCCCUGUUGCACUGUUGUGAUAGGCAAUCAACGGGCCUUGAAGAUCCCGAGAUUCUUGCACGAGAGACAGUUUUUAGCGUCAGUGAGAUCGAAGCUCUUUAUGAGCUUUUUGUGAAGAUUAGCAGCGCAGUAAUUGAUGAUGGGCUGAUCAACAAGGAAGAGUUUCAAUUGGCGCUAUUCAAGACAAGCAAAAAAGAGAGCUUGUUUGCUGAUAGGGUGUUUGACUUGUUUGACACAAAGCACAAUGGACUCUUGGGUUUUGAGGAGUUUGCCCGUGCGCUCUCUGUUUUCCAUCCAAAUGCUCCUAUCGACGAUAAGAUUGGGUUUUCUUUUCAGCUAUAUGAUCUCAAGCAACAAGGCUUCAUUGAGAGGCAGGAGGUGAAGCAAAUGGUGGUUGCUACCCUUGCUGAGACUGGUAUGAACCUUUCAGAUGAAAUUAUUGAGAGCAUAAUCGACAAGACGUUUGAAGAAGCUGAUACUAAACAUGACGGAAAGAUUGAUAAGGAAGAGUGGAGAAAUUUGGUCCUGCGACAUCCUUCACUUCUGAAGAAUAUGACCCUUCAGUAUCUUAAGGACAUUACGACUACAUUCCCGAGUUUUGUCUUUCACUCAAGAGUCCCGGAUACCUGAUAUGGAAUUGGCAAACGGACUUGCUUACGGAAGUAGUUUUGUUACUUGAGUGCUGCAGCUCAAGGUGAAAGUAUAUAACUAGUCUUGCUCAUCUAUUCUGAGUUCCAACAUUUUCAUGAUUUGUUAUUCAUUCUGAGAGUAGUGCUUGUGUAUUUUUGUUGCCACUUAAUAAAUGUUGAAUAUGUAUCCUUGUAAGUUUCAAUUUGCUCCUUAUUAAUUGAUUUGCUUGAUUA